UGCUCGUAUACGUCAUUACAUCCUAUACAUACAUAGAACAUUAAUCAGGUUUUAUUGUUCGACAAAUUGCAUUAUAUCGACAUGUCAAUAUGUGAGCAAAAGCGAGGGAGGAUUCUUAAUUGAACUAUAUCAAUACAAUUCUAUUCGAUAAAAGCCAUAUAUCCUGCGAACACAUAUUACGUCUUAUAAAGAGAAUCCUGUACAAAUUAAUAAAUAUUUUCUGCUUUCGCCGUGAAUUACGUAUUAAACUAUAAUAUGCGUUUUCGAAUUAAUAUUACAUAAUUUCGUGCUCAAGGCUCUUGAUUUUAAUCUAAUCUAUGCGUGUUUUUGGAUGAAAACAUGACAGUUUGUUUUUUGCGAAAUAAUUGCGUAAACGAUUGUUUGACCGAAGCACAAAAAAAAUCAGCGUCAUAUCGAUUUUGUCUGCGCAUUUGUCUCUAUUAUAUGUAUAUUGUGAAAAUAACGAGAACCUAGAUAAGGAUCGCGACAAUUAUCGACGCCCCUUGAAGAAAAUUAUUUUUCUCUAGUGUAUGUUGAAAUCUUUCAUCGAACCUUUUAUACUACAUAUAGAGAAAGACAUUCUGCGUUUUAAAUAAUUCGAUUCUUAGUAGUGUCUUCGGUAUUUAUCUGCAAUCAUGAUACAAACUUCAAUGUUUAUUGCUAUCCAAAAAAAUGAAUGAUAUUACGCUUUUACACUGUUUUGCAAAUCUAUCUUUCUCCAUCCAUUUAUUCGCAAUAUAUAGUGUUGAUAAAUUAAUGCAGCCAAAACAAGUAUCUAUAUCGCUCAAAUCCCGAAAAAUCGUCCAACUACGAUGAAAUAAAGUUAAUUGAAGAAAAACAGCUCAUUAAUAUGAUAUCUUAACGUGUUCCCUCGUUGAUGCACUUUGCGCUUCGGGGCCGAAGUUUAGUUCCGUGUGUCUCUGGCGCAUGUUUAGCACAUGAUGUCAGUCGGAUUUGGUACUUUGAACGCAAUCUACAUUGAUGUUGCUUUUCUUUCUGCAUUUUAUCCGGCAAAAAAGCAGGCGUACAAACUGUAGACACUUUUCGGAGCAGAUUGUAAUAUAUAUAUAUAUAUAGUAAUAGUUACAAAAAGUUGCGAACCAAUUCGAGCUUCAACACCUCCUAUGACUUGGACCUGCGCUGAACAUACUUCGCUAGGGCAGCGGAAAAUGGAUAAGCUCAUCCUCAGCGAUAUGGAGAACGCGAUUAAACAGUUAAGCGAAGCCGACAGCGAAGAGAGUUUCGAGUGCAACGACACGGUGGAACUGCCGAACGAAUUGCGUUUCAAUGACGGUCACCUCGUGACGAUAAUCACUUACAGCAUCCUAAUGGUGAUAUCGGCUGCUGGGAACUUUAGCGUGCUGAUAAUGACUAUAAUAAAGAAGCGAAAGUCCAAGUCCCGUAUACACACCCUUAUAAUGCACUUGUCAAUUGCUGACCUCCUUGUGACGUUCUUAAUGAUGCCGCUUGAAAUCGGAUGGUCUAUAACGGUAUCCUGGGAAGCCGGAGACGCUAUGUGUCGUAUAAUGGCUUUCUUCAGGAUGUUUGGUCUAUAUCUUUCAUCCUUUGUAAUAGUUUGCAUAAGUAUAGACAGAUAUUACGCUGUGAUGCGACCUCUUCAGAUACUGGACGUUUACAGAAGAGGUAAAAUAAUGCUGAUGCUCGCAUGGAUUGGCUCUGUGCUAUGUUCUUUACCACAGAUGUUGGUGUUUCAUCUCGAGACACAUCCGAAUCACUCUUGUUACACGCAAUGUAUAACUUUCAACGUCUUCCCGUCGUACGCGCAUGAAAUUUCCUAUACUUUGUUCGGGAUGGUGAUAAUGUAUUGGUUUCCACUCGGCGUAAUAUUCUACACUUACAGCAGUAUUUUCAUGGAAAUCUGCCGUAGAUCCAAAGAGAAGAGCGAAGAUAAAAUACGUCGUUCCUCGAGCGGUUUCUUAAGUCGGGCUCGAGUACGCACUUUAAAAAUGACGAUAACCAUUAUCGCCGUAUUCAUUAUCUGUUGGAGUCCUUACUAUGUGAUGAGUGUCUGGUACUGGUUCGAUCGAACUUCAGCCCAGAAAGUCGACGAACGCAUUCAGAGAGCCCUCUUCUUCUUUGCCUGCACCAAUUCCAGCAUGAAUCCCAUCAUCUACGGCAUUUUCAACAUACGCCAGAGAAACAAAACAAAGAUUCAAUCCUAUCCCCUUUUGAGGCCCAUCAACACAACUAUGGAACUUCCAGUAGUAGCAUACGCUAAAGAUUCCAUUUUCACCAUUUUCGUAAUUGCCUUGCCGAAUCUCUUUAACCCCUCGACUUCAUAUAACAGACGCUCAUCGCAUGAUCGUGGCGCCGACGCGUGCAGCCACCAUCGAGACCCGAUUAACGCCGCUGUCUCUGUCGGUCAGACUUCUCGAUUGACGAUGAACGCGAUGUUCGCCAGAUCGAACAGAUGCGUUUAGAAGAAUGGAACUGAUGCCUCGGGUGUAUUCGCAUCUCUCUAUGGAAAAGGGACAGUCGCUGUGAACUGCGCUUUGAACGACCUCGCCGUCCAUAUGCGAUGCAAAUCCUAUGUAGCAUUGUUUACACAGAGCCAUGAGGAGUCUUAUACUCAUAUAUAUUGUCAAGUAUAUAAUAGGAUUAGGUUACAACGAUGAACUGUGAUCGCGAUCGAGUUUACGCUCGAUGGAUCCUUGAUGCAACGAGACGAGUUUUCCUCAGUAGACUAUUAUAUAUUCGUUCAUCUCUAGAUAUAUUUAUUUUUUAAUGUUAAGCUCUAGCGACUAAGUAAUUUUUAUUACGUAUUACGAUAUAAAUAACGUUUCGAGUGCAAAUAUGCAGCUUCGUAUAUGUGUGUUUUUAUUUUUAUAAUUUUACGACGCGAGAUUGUACAAACAAAUUACGUGAAUUAUUUAUACACUGCUAUAAUUCCGUUGUUUAUAAUUUCGUAUUUUUAUAAUAAUGGAUACAAAGAAAAUUGUAUAGGCGUUACGUACACUUCUCUCGUCACAUGUAAGAGUCUUAAUUAAAGCCCGCAAAAUUGAUUUAUCGUUUGUAAAUAUUUGUGUAGCAUGAAAAAAUGAAAAUAAAACAUUAAUUUAUGUGACAUAUAA